UCAUUCAAAGUUUAAAUAACAUGAAUUUCUGGAGGCGCUGAUUGUUGCGUGAUGUAACAGUUACUUCUUUAAUGGAUUAACCCUCUUUCUCUUCAACUUUCGUAGACUGCUUCGCUUUGACCGGCAUGGAUUGUAACUGCGUCUCGGACCUGCUAUUAACUCCCCCAAUGCCGACUCUCUGGACGCCAGGCUUUGCAUUUCCGGACUGGGCCUACAAGCCAGAGUCGAGCCCCGGGUCACGGCAGAUCCAGCUCUGGCACUUCAUUCUGGAGCUGUUGCAGAAGGAGGAGUACCACGACGUGAUCGCCUGGCAGGGCGACUACGGCGAGUUUGUCAUUAAGGACCCCGACGAGGUGGCCAAGCUGUGGGGCGUCCGCAAGUGCAAGCCCCACAUGAACUACGACAAGCUGAGCCGGGCUCUUAGGUAUUACUACAACAAGCGCAUCCUCCACAAGACCAAAGGCAAGAGGUUCACUUACAAGUUCAACUUCAGCAAGGUGAUUCUGGUCAACUACCCCCUUCUGGAGAUGGGACACUCCCAGCUUCUGCUCGCACCCAACCCAUUCAGCAGCACCCAGGGUCCCGAAUGCAGUGGCAUCACUCCUGAGGUAAGAACCUGAUCUUUCUGACCUCGACCGCUGUCCGGAAUCACAGCAUACCCUUUGCCCUGAUCCAGCUCCACGGUCUCACCCUCUACCACCCUUUGACAUUCUUCUCUUUUCAUAAAUUCAAGUGACAUAAUUAGGCCAUUCGGCUCACCACGUCAUCAUUUAUUGUUUCUGUGAUGGGACAGUGUGGAGGGAUCUUCACUCUGUGUCUGACCCCAGGAGUGUGUGAUGGGACGGUGUGGAGGGAGAUUCACUCUGUGUCUGAACCCGGCAGUGUGUGAUGGGACAGUGUGGAGGGAGAUUCACUCUGUGUCUGACCCCGGGAGUGUGUAAUGGGACGGUGUGGAGGCAGUUUCACUCUGUGUCUGACCCCGGGAGUGUGUGAUGGGACGGUGUGGAGGGAGAUUCACUCUGUGUCUGACCCCAGGAGUGAGUGAUGGGAUGGUGUGGAGGGAGAUUCACUCUGUGUCUGAACCUGGGAGUGUGUGAUGGGACAGUGUGGAGGGAGCUUCACUCUGUGACUGACCCCAGGAGAGUGUGAUGGGGCAAUAUGGAAGGAGCUUGACCUGUGUCCUGACUCUGACCUACUGCCUGUUUUGUUUUCACUAAGACAAUCCAAAGUUUGUUGAAUCCGCCCAGACUCCCUGAUGCACGAGCUGGCGAUCUGAGGAACCCGAUCUUUGAACGAGCUGUCCCAUCCACAGACAACGAGAAACAUCGACUGGAGACCGGACUCGCUUUCCUCAGCUCAGGUAGCUGAAGUAUGGAUUGCAAGGGUCACAUGGGUGGAGGUGUGGGAGGGGGAGAGGAGGAAGGAUCGAGGAGUGAGGGGAGAGGAGAGAGAGGAGAAAGAGGAAUGAGAGGAGGGGAGCGAAGGGAAAGUCCACAGGAGUUUCUCAGGAAUGAAAGGGUCAACAUAUCAGGAUGUUUGAUGGCACAGAGCCUGCACUCGCUGGAGUUUAGAAAAAUGAGGGGCUACCUCUUUGAACAUUCAAAAACUGUAACGUCUGAUAGAGUGAAUCCAGAGAUUAUUAUUUCCUACGUGGGGGAGGGGGAAUCAAAGGAACAGCCUAAUAGAGGGACAUCCAUCUACACAAAGAUGUGGAGGAAUUUCUAUAGCCAGGGGGGUUUGGCGAAUCUGUGGGAUUCACCGAUGGCAGUGGAGGCCGUCAUUGGGAGAAAGCUGGACAGGGAAGAUGAGUUAAAACAAAUGAAGGCGAGAGUGAGAAAGAAUUGCAGAGAGGAGGGGGAAUGGGAGAGAGGGAGAUUGAAUGGGGGCUAUAGCAAGAAAAAAGGGGUUGAAAUGGUAUAUAGAAUGAUAAGGGAUGAGAAAAAGGGAAGUGAUAGAGAGAGGGAGAGAUACAGAGAGGUGCGAGAUGGGGGUAAAGAGUGACAGGCAAUUAUGGGACGGAUAGGGGGUGAGAUGGGGAAGGUGGAGAGCCAGGAAAGGGAGAGAAAGGGGGAGGAAGGGAGAGACGGGGAAAGGGGGAGACGGGAGAGAGACGGGGAAGGGGAGAGACGGUUCAAAGGGGGAGGGGGAGGGAGAGACGGGGAAAGGGGGAGAGUGCACGGGAAUGGGUGGGGACGGACAGAGGGACAAGGAAGGGAGAACGAGAGAGAGGAGCGAGGGAGGAGGGGAACGUACGAUGAUGACCCAAGGGUGGGGACAGGAGGGGGUAACUGACCCGUGCCGCCGCACACCACCACUCACUCUGACUGCCCUUCUUCUCGGCAGGGACCCACUACUACUCCAAGCCUCCCGCUGUGCUGAGCGCCUACGGAAGAAGCGGCCACCUCUCCGAGUACCCCUGGGGUCUUCCCUCUUACCCUCCACCGCCCUUCAGCCUGUCUGCCUCCAAAGUGUCGCCCCUCUACCCUCCUCACUACUACCCGGGCACGCUGGCACACAUCCCUGCCCAGGUCUCCCUCCUGCCUCCCUCUUCCUCCGCUUCCUCCUCCGACUCAGUGGCAGAGAGGGUCCCUCCGCCUCUGGGACCCUACCCCCGCCUCUCCCUCGGGCACAAGGGCUUUCCGCCCUGUCCGGUGAUCCAGACGCUGAGGGCGGACCUGGCGCCGACCCCCAACUCG